AUGAUUUGUGAUAACACAACGGAAUCCUCUUCAGCUGAUAACAUCAAUAUAGAAGUUACAGAAAACAAUACUAGUAACAAGGGCCUCAAUACUAAUAAUAUAGUUUUUCCUAGUUUGGUUAGUGGCAACAAUUAUGUUUUACCAUCAAAAGAUCAAUUAAAUAAAUAUAAACUUUCAAAAGAGUUUACAUGCACUGGAAGAUUUUUAAGAUUCGAUACUUCAUUUCAAAACUACCCAAUUGGUUUACAACAGUUUUUACCAUAUCAAGAGUUAAUGUGUAUAGCCGAUGAUGUUAAUAGAAUAGUCGAAAAAGAAAAAUCAAGAAGAAUUAUUGUUUCAGUUAUUUCAAUUAUUUCAUAUUUUAUUUUGGGUUCAAUAUUUGUUUAUUUUUCAGUAAUAAACCAAAGAAAUAUGAAUUUAAUGUUUUUUGGUGUUUAUUUUUCGGUUUUUGUUUCUGUUGCAGUUGUUAUUGUUAAUAGAAAUAAAUUAAAACAAAUUGAUAAUCAAUUAUAUAGUAUGGAGUCAAGAUAUAGAAAUCGUGGUAUCAUCGUUUCAUUUAAAAGAAAGGAAUAUAUUUUUAGAAAUCUUGAAUUUAAAGGAUCAGUUUAUUAUCCAAAUAGUAAUGUUGUACCACCACCACAAAUUUAUAAUCAAACAACAGUUAACCCACAAAUCUAUGCUUCACCAAUGUAUAACCAAGCUCCACAAAUGUACAACCAAGUAGCCCCACAAAUGUACAACCAAGUAGCUCCACAAAUGUACAACCAAGUAGCUCCACAAAUGUACAACCAAAUUCCACAAUUGUAUACCCCAGUCCCAUAUUAUAAUAACGCUGCAACCAAUCCAAUCCCAAAUACUGACCCUUUACCACAAUCACAAAGUGAAAAUAUGCCAUUAUUAAAAUAA